UCACACUUUGACACUCUAAUUAUAAAGAACAACGGUAAAAAAAAUUCAGGACAUUCUACAAUGAAGCUUGUGCCGCUUGUAAUUACUCUCGUUAUUUUUGGAAGCUCGGUGUGGCAUUCUGCAGAUGCUACGAUGAAAUGGAUACCUGUGCUUAGAUUUGAUUGCACCAAUAUGCAAGCCACUUGCGAGAACAUCUGUUACGCAAUCCAAACCGUAGGAAAACCAGACAGGCUUACAAGAACAUCGGGUGGCGCGGAGACGAGAUACAACCGAAACCGAUCGUGUCAGAAUUUAGUAGCGACUACAACAUGUACAGCCGAUGAGUACCCAUUUGCAUCAACGCAGGAGAAUCCUCCUAACCCUGUUUGUACAUUGGUUCCGAUAGCAGAAGAAGCAGAGCAAACAAGUCAAAUGAACGCAUUAUAUAAGCACUCAUCAGCAAAUGGUGUGAUUGAUUUUAACCAAGAGUUUAAGGUUAAAUUGAGCAACUAUGUAGCACAAGCUAACCCAUGCUUUGCGUUUCCAAUUGGAUCAGGACGACCAUGUGUAUGGAAUGGAGAUUAAAUGUUUAAAAAAAAUCAUCAUUAUCCUAUAAUAUCACAU